UCACAGAGUAGCCUCUGUCACUUGUGAUCUGUGAUGUCUGUGUGAUCGAUCUGUGGGCGAGACUAGGUUAUGUAGAAGUUUUACAAGUUCAAUUGAGUUUUUUUUCGUAACUAAUAUCAAAAGGGAUGGAAAAUAUCCAGGAAGAAAUGGACACAACGUCGUCCAAUGCUACAGAACAAGAGGCUCUUCCAGGUUAUAAAACAGUCAAUGAUUUCACUAAGGAGGGUUUCAAGUGCAUGAUGGAAGGCAUAAAGUGCGCUAACACUUUGCCAGCGGGUAGAGACUGGAGUUUUUACUCCACUUUUGAGUCAUUCAAUACAGUCGUCAAAGAAGAGACCAACGAGCUUUUGGAGGGCAUGAUGUUGGUGUUGAAAAAGAACGAAGUGGGUGUAAAUAUGCGCAACCAAACCACAGACAAGAAAACUGAGCUACUGAUAGAUUCGAACGAUAUUAUACUGGAAAAAGUGGCCGAUCACAUCGAUGAAAUGAAUGGCAUCAGAAAAACAUAUUCUGAACCUGUGGUGUUGCAGACUGUUAGUGCUCAGCUUCCAGUUAAUAUUAACGGGUCUUGGAACAGGAAUAGCAGUGCCACCUUUUCGGUGUCUUCUUCGAUUGUGGCAACGGGUUUUCCACAGUCUUCUAAACAGUCAACUAUACGCUUACUAGCUGCAGAAAACAUUGUCAGACCUCAAAAGUUCUUUACGGAUAAGAUCGAUAAUCGAAAUGAUUACCCGUGGGAACCCAGAAUUAAGGACAAACCGAACUCUUUAAAACCACUUGCAAUAUUUCUUGAGGAGACUGAAAGUGGUAGAUCAGCGUUUUCCCAUCCUUAUGAAUUCGAACUGGACAGAUUUAGCCCUCCCGAUGAACUGUUGGUUGAGGCGCAUGUACAAUUUCCCAAGUUAUUGAAAGACACACCAUUGAUUGAAAUAAACAAUGCAUCUCAGUUGGCCCCUCUCGUAGACGAGCUAAGAGCUUACACAGUUAUUGCAGUUGAUGUAGAACAUCAUUCCUAUAGGUCCUUUAUGGGAAUCACUUGCCUGCUUCAGAUCUCCACAUUUGACAAAGACUAUCUGAUAGACACUUUAAGCCUAAGGAAUGAUCUAUGGAUUUUGAAUGAAAUAUUCACUAAACCAGACAUAACAAAGGUGUUUCAUGGGGCAGAUUCAGAUAUCAUUUGGCUGCAAAGGGACCUGUCUCUUUAUGUCGUCAAUCUGUUUGAUACAUUUUUCGCUGCCAAACAUUUGGAAUAUAGCAAACUAUCGUUGGCGUAUUUGAUGGAGCGUUUUUGCAAAAUAAGACCAAACAAGAAGUUUCAGUUGGCGGAUUGGAGAAUGCGACCGUUACCUGAUGAGCUAAAGAAUUACGCCAGGGAAGACACUCACUAUUUGAUUUUUAUUUAUCAAAAAAUGAGAAACGAGCUUCUUCAAAAAGCUAACGGAAAUAGUAACCUCCUUAAGGCAGUUAUAGAUCAAAGCACCACGCUAUGCAAAAAGAGAUAUUUUAAACCCUAUUGGCAUGAAGAUGCCCACUUAGAGUUGUACAGCAGAUCUCAGCGGAAUUUUGACAAUAAGCAGAUGUUUGCUUUUAAAGAGCUGUACAAAUGGCGCGAUAACAUCGCGCGAACUGAGGACGAAAGCACUGGGUACGUGUUACCCAACAAUAUGUUAAUGGAGGUGGCUGCCAGAUUGCCCAAAGAAAUGCAAGGGAUUUUGGCUUGUUGUAGUCCAGUUCCACCAAUGGUUAAGGCGAAUUUGCUCGAGCUCCAUAAAAUCGUAUUAAAAGCUUUGGAGCGGCCGUUUGAGGAGCCGAUUUUAAAAGAAGAUACUCGGGCCAGAGGCUCUACUAAAAAGAUCUCCAAAAUUAAUAUAGACAAUCCAUUGCACUGUCCGCAUGAUUUAUCUAAAAACCAAGAAUUUCGCGAUGAUCUGCCGACUUUGCUCCAGUCUAACACUGACCUGAUUACUUUUCUGUUGAGCACACAACUUGGCUUGGAAGUUACUGAAUCAGUGCACGCCUCUGUGUUUGAUACAUCCAAACCUGGUCUAGAUCCACAACUGAGCGUGGCUAGUGCAAAAUUGCGCCACUUUAAGGAGAACUUUAAGUUCCGGGGCCCCUUUGAACGGUACAAGUUGGUGAGACCGUUUGUACGAGCCAAAGAGAAGAAGUUGGCCGAGGAACGCGCCACGCAAGAAGAGGAAGCUCAAAGAAAAGUAGCUGAGGAAAGUAAGAAGGCAGAUGGCGCAACUGAACGUACUGAUGAGGAAAGAAUUGAGUCUAUUAGAGAACAUUUCCUGGAAUUAGCUCGCAAAACUUUGCCGCCAACGGCAAUCCCACCGAAAAAAGCAUCUCUUUUGGAUAUGGGAGGAAGCAAGAAGCGGACACGUUGCGAUUCUGUUGAGGUGAUUGAGUGUAACGUGCCCGAAAGCUCUGUUUGCACGCCAAUUCCCAAUGUCCAGAUGGCUCAUGAUCGGGUAGAUAAAAAUAAAAAUGGACGAAUGAGACCAAUGAGAAAUAAAAAUGGAAGUAAGAUAAUGAAAAUUGAUCAAGCUUUAGAUAGCCAAUUAAAUAAAGUGAGCAAAAGAGAGAGAAACCGCUUGCGAAUGGCCAAACGCAAAGAGAAGAAAGUACUGGCAAUAGUAAAAAAUGAACGGGAAGAAUGGACUGGACCGCGUGAUAGUUUACCAGCAGAAUGCAGCCAUGUAGAGCAAAGUACGUCUUCCGGAGGCAAGAGAGGAAACCGAGGCCGAGGUCGAGGUCGAGGUAGAGGGGGAAGGUACUUUAGACCCACACCACAAAGAAACAGCAAUGACACCCACAAUGAACCAGGAGAGAGUGAGGAAUUUAACAGCUUCGAUUAUUCAAUGGUCGAUUUUAGACAGUUUCAAGGUGGCGCCCGAGGCGCACAGAAGAACAAGCAGUUUAACUCGAAAUUCAGAGGCAGAGGCAAACCCAAUAGACGAGGCGGGAAAAGCCAAAAUAACAGAUCGAUGAGUUUUGGGCGAGGCAAAGGAUUUGGAGCUAGGAACUAGAUAGGGCAAUCAAUUGCAUCCUAAACUGCCAUGUAGGAUGUUUAAUAUGUUGGCUCAAAUUGUUUAUAUUUGAAUAAAACUGAAUUCCA